UCAUGCCAAGCUGACCUUGUGAAGGACAACGGUCACAAGUAUUUCCUCUCAGUUUUGGCAGAUCCUUAUAUGCCAGCUGAGCACCGGACAAUGACUGCUUUUAUCCUGGCUGUAAUUGUUAACAACUACAACACUGGACAGGAAGCUUGCCUUCAAGGAAACCUGAUUGCUAUUUGCCUGGAGCAGUUAAAUGAUCCGCAUCCUCUUCUGCGUCAGUGGGUGGCCAUUUGUCUAGGACGUAUUUGGCAGAACUUUGACUCAGCCAGGUGGUGUGGUGUGAGAGACAGUGCUCAUGAAAAGCUCUACAGUCUCCUCUCGGAUCCAAUCCCAGAGGUUCGCUGUGCUGCAGUCUUUGCACUGGGAACAUUUGUGGGCAACUCAGCUGAACGGACCGAUCACUCCACCACCAUCGAUCACAACGUAGCCAUGAUGCUGGCCCAGCUCAUCAACGAUGGGAGCCCCAUGGUUAGAAAGGAGCUGGUGGUGGCUUUAAGUCACCUGGUGGUUCAGUAUGAGAGCAAUUUCUGCACUGUCGCCUUGCAGUUCAUGGAAGAAGAGAAGAAUUACCCUCUCCCUUCUCCAGCUGCUACUGAGGGCGGGAGUUUGACACCAGUGCGAGAUGGUCCGUGUACGCCAAGGCUGCGGUCUGUCAGCUCUUACGGGAACAUCCGAGCAGUUACCACAGCUAGGAACCUGAACAAGUCCUUGCAGAACCUUAGCCUGAAUGAAGAAUCUGGAAGCUCUGUUGCAUUUUCUCCUGGGAAUCUCAGCACCAGCAGCAGCGCCAGCAGCACCUUGGGCAGCCCUGAGAAUGAAGAGUAUAUCCUGUCGUUUGAGACUAUUGACAAGAUGAGACGAGUCAGCUCUUACUCUUCUCUGAAUUCACUAAUAGGUGUGAGUUUCAACAGUGUUUAUACCCAAAUUUGGAGAGUUCUCCUUCACCUAGCUGCCGACCCCUAUCCUGAUGUCUCCGACUUGGCUAUGAAAGUUCUCAAUAGCAUUGCCUACAAGGCAACAGUAAAUGCUCGCCCGCAGCGCAUCCUCGACACGUCCUCGCUGACGCAGUCCGCCCCUGCCAGCCCCACCAACAAGGGCAUGCACAUCCACCAAGUGGGAGGGUCACCUCCAACCACUAGUACAAGCAGCUCCAGCCUGACGAAUGAUGUGACAAAGCAGCCGGUCAGUCGGGACAUCGCAUCUGUAAGACCUGCCAAUGUCGGCAACAUGGGGGUGCAGUACACCCCCCACUCCCACCAGUUCCCCAGAACGAGAAAAAUGUUUGACAAAGGGCCAGAGCAGACUACUGACGAUGCCGAUGAUACCGUUGGACACAAAAGUUUCAUUUCGGCUGCAGUGCAGACGGGGUUUUGUGACUGGAGUGCGAAGUAUUUUGCUCAGCCAGUCAUGAAGAUCCCAGAAGAGCAUGACCUGGAGAGCCAGAUUCGCAAGGAGCGGGAGUGGCGGUUUCUGCGCAAUGCUCGUGUCAGGAAGCAAGCCCAGAAGAUCAUCCAGAAGGGUAUCUCCCGGCUGGAUGAUCAGAUCUUCCUCAACAGGAACCCGGGCGUCCCCUCCGUGGUGAAGUUCCACCCGUUCACGCCCUGCAUCGCCGUAGCCGACAAAGACAGCAUCUGUUUUUGGGACUGGGAGAAAGGAGAAAAGUUGGACUAUUUCCACAACGGAAACCCUCGAUACACCAGGAUCACAGCAAUGGAGUACCUGAAUGGACAGGACUGCUCCUUGCUGCUGACUGCUACAGAUGAUGGUGCCAUCAGGGUGUGGAAGAACUUUGCAGACCUGGAAAAGAACCCGGAGAUGGUAACUGCUUGGCAAGGGCUGUCAGACAUGCUGCCAACUACACGAGGUCUGGCCCGAAGGGUUUCAAUCUAUCUUGACAGAAGUAAACAGGGAGGAGCAGUAAUGGUAGUCGACUGGGAACAAGAAACCGGGCUCCUGAUGACAUCGGGAGAUGUGAGGAUAAUCCGGAUCUGGGACACAGAUCGGGAAAUGAAAGUACAGGAUAUCCCCACCGGAGCCGACAGCUGUGUGACCAGCCUCUCGUGCGAUUCUCAUCGUUCCUUAAUUGUGGCGGGGCUGGGGGACGGCUCCAUCCGCGUGUUCGACAGGAGGAUGGCUCUGAGUGAAUGCCGUGUCAUGACCUACCGAGAGCACACGGCCUGGGUGGUGAAAGCAUACUUGCAGAAACAUCCUGAAGGCAACAUCAUGAGUGUCAGUGUGAACGGAGAUGUGCGGUUCUUUGACCCCCGGAUGCCAGAGUCCAUGAAGGUCCUGCAGAUAGUCAAAGGGCUGACGGCCCUUGACAUUCACCCGCAAGCCAACCUCUUCGCGUGCGGCUCAAUGAAUCAGUUCACUGCGAUCUACAACGGAAACGGGGAGCUGAUCAACAAUAUCAAAUACUACGAUGGUUUUAUGGGACAAAGAGUUGGAGCCAUCAGCUGCCUGGCUUUCCAUCCUCACUGGCCCCAUCUGGCAGUCGGAAGCAAUGACUACUACAUCUCCGUGUACUCGGUGGAGAAGCGGAUCAGAUAA